AUUUGAAUAGCAAAUAGUUUUUGAGUACAUAGUUUCUUUUAAUUAUGGCUGAGGAGUAUUUAUUUUGUAAUUAUGGUGAUUGCAAAGCAGUUAUUACAAAAUUUGUUUGGGUCACGCGAUGUUCUCAUGUAUUUUGUGAGGAACAUGGCAAUUCAUUUUUUGCCAACAAUCCAAACAAAAUUAAAUGUCCUGUUUGUAACGAACCCAUUUGCAGGAACAAAGAUAUAAUUAAGAAUAACAUAAAUCCUCACGAUAUGAUGUUAAGCUGUGUCAGACCAGAUAAAGUAUUGGAUUACGUCAUAACUGCAACUAAGUUAUGGUCCUACCAGAUGAAACAAAAGCAUAAAGUUAAUAUCCAGAUGUUAAGUGAAAAAUACGAAAAAAUUGCUUCUGAUUCUAUGUCUAAAUUAAAAACUGAGAAUAAUGAAAUGAAGAAGUUUAUAAAAGAAAUUGAAGGUGAAAUUAAGAAAAUAAAUGCUGAGCUCUCAUAUACAAAGAAGAAACUUUGGAAAUAUAAGUUAGCAUAUAACAAUGCAUGUAUGGCUACCCAAAGAGGACCACUUGGCCAUAGUUCAAACAACUCUUUAUUUCAGAAAUUUUCUACAGAUUCAUUAGAUGAUGAAUUUGAAGAUAAUUUGGAGUACAGAAACCUUGGUCAUUUUGAUAACAUAUUAAGUCCUAGAUUUGACUAAAAAUAAUAUGUGUAAAUUAUCUCGAUAAAUACCUUCAUUACAGAAGAAUGGUAGGAUGAUUCUCAUGGAUGUGAAAAUAUAUUUGAAGAAAUGAACCCUGUAUGUAAAUAAUUUCAAUAUAAAUAGUAAUGUGGAGUUCACUUCUGACAUUUGAAAAAGUGAUAUUGUUUAGCUUAAAGGAAAUGGAAGCCUGUUUUUAGACUAUUUAAUAGUUAUGUAUCAAUAAAACUUUAUACUUAUUUAAUUUGAAAAUAAAUAAAUUUUAUUUUUGUGUUUUGUUAUUUUGGUUUAUUAUAGUAUCCCACCCAAUUUACAACUCGAG